AUUGAUUAUGGGAAGAAAAGGAAGGAAGGGGGAAGGAAGGGAUCAAAACGAUUUUAAUUUGGGAAUCCGCUGUUGUGAUCGGCUGUCGGCUAUUUUUGAGGUGGGUUCAGGCGGAAAAUAGUAGUGAUAAGUCAAUAAAAUGAAACAAUUUUAGUCUAAAUCUUAUGAAAAGUAGUUAGUUAUAGUAUUAUUAAAUAAAUUAUAAUUGCAAUAACUACCGGUUGUUAUAGAAUACGCAUUUUUAUCAACAAGUUAAAUUCAGCUAAAUAUUUCGCACUUAUAAAUAAGCUUAAUUAGCUAAUUAAGGACAAUUAAAAGUGCUUCCUUAAUUCUCAGUGAAAUACAUUUUUAGUACCUGAGCGUGAAGAAAGAAAAGAUGAGUACUCCCGUGAAAAAAGUACCUAUUCAUUUGCAAAGCUCUCAGAACCGUCUGCUCAUCAAGAACGGUACCGUCGUCAACGAGGAGGACGUGACCGAAGAAGACAUCUACAUAGAAGAUGGCAUCAUCAAGCAGAUGGGCAACAAUCUCAUCAUACCGGGCGGUACGAGAGUCAUCGAUGCCAGGGGCAAAUACAUUUUGCCAGGUGGCAUCGAUCCACAUACCCAUUUGGAUUUUGAGUUUAUGGGUACGAGAACUGUUGAUAAUUUUUACAGCGGGACCAAAGCGGCUAUUGCAGGUGGAACCACCAUGAUCAUUGAUUUCGUAUUUCCCAAAAAAGGGGAAUCCCUAUUGGACGCGUAUUAUGAAUACCGACAAAAAGCUGACGGCAAGGCGUGCUGCGAUUACGCCUUCCACGUCUGCCUCUCCCAUUGGUCCGAACAAGUCAAGAGAGACAUGGAAAUUUUGACAAAAGAACACGGUGUUAACUCGUUUAAAAUGUUCAUGGCCUACGAUUUUAUGCUGAACGACUCCGAGCUUUACAGCGCUUUCGAACAGUGCCAAAAUUUGGGGGCGAUUGCUCAAGUACACGCCGAAAAUGGAUCCAUCAUCGCCAAAAACGCUCAGAGAUUGUUGGCGAGAGGCAUUACGGGACCAGAAGGGCACGAAAUGUCAAGACCGGAAGAAGUUGAAGCGGAAGCUGUCAAUAGAGCGUGCGUUAUAGCCAAACAAGUGAACUGUCCUUUGUACGUAGUGCAUGUAAUGAGCAAAUCGGCAACGGAGGCUUUGUACAGUCACAGCGGCAGUACGAAAGUGUUUGGUGAAACUUUAGCAGCAGCCUUAGGUACGGACGGUUCUCACUAUCGUCACGAAUGUUUCCAACAUUCGGCCGGGCACGUUUUAAGUCCGCCUUUACGGCCUGAUCCUAGCACGCCUCUCGCUUUAAUGAAUUAUUUGGCACAGGACGUCCUUCAACUGAUAGGCAGCGAUAACUGCACCUUCAACAAAGCCCAAAAGGAAAUGGGUAAGAACAAUUUCACGAAAAUCCCGAACGGCGUCAACGGUCUGGAGGACCGCAUGUCCGUCGUUUGGGAGAAGGGUGUACAAACGGGAAUCAUAUCGCCGUCUCGGUUUGUGGCCAUCACCAGUACGAACGCCGCCAAAAUCUUCAAUUUGUACCCUAGAAAAGGUUGCAUCGCCGUUGGAUCCGAUGCCGAUAUCGUCAUUUGGAACGCAGGAGCUACCAGGACGAUAUCGGCGCAAACGCAUCAUCAAGCCGUCGAUUUCAACAUCUUCGAGGGUAUGACGUGCCACGGAGUUGCCGAAUACGUCAUAGUCAGCGGUCGCGUUUGCUUGGACGACGGUCAAUUGAGAGUCGUCGAAGGCUAUGGUCACUUCGUAGACACCCCAGUUUUUGCUCCGUUCGUCUACAAUCCCGACGAAAUGGACAGUCUGAAACCCAUUAAGAUCAAUGACGUGAACGAUUUCGAUUUAAUGGAGAAAACUCACAAGAUUAAACUCGUCGACAACCCUUGUCCGACGCCUACUCUACCGGAAUCAAAUGUAACGACGCCUUCUUUCAGAGGUCACCGACCAGAGGGACAGAGAAAUAUCCAAGAAAGUACUUUCUCGCUUACUGAGGAACUGGAUACCGACAGGAAGUCCUGCAUACGCGUGAGAAAUCCCCCUGGCGGCCGGUCAUCAGGAUUUUGGUGAAAGCAAUACAAAAAAAAAACUAACACAUCUCAGUUUGGCUUCUGCAAAAGUAUUUAUUGCGAUAAGAUACCAAAGCUUAAUUUAUAGUUGUUUUUAAUAUGUUUUGUUUUAAAAUGUUGAAUUAUGUUUACUAUAUUUACGCAGCGUGAAUCAAAAUGUUGUGUUUUGUUGUAUUAUCGAUAUAUUUAGCGUUUUUAAAAUUAAUAUUCGAGAUUGUUUUUAAUUUUAUUGCGAGUGUUAUUAAACUUGAUCUUCUGAAGAUGAAUAUAUAAGAAUGUCAAAUUUUUGGCAUAUAAGGCAGCUGUCGAAAUUUAUACGCUUGACUUUUGACAAGUGACUGUUGAAAUGUGACAGUUUUGUAGCCUGUGUAGCUUACAAAAUAAUGACGAACGCUUAUGCUGAUUAUGAAGUAAAAACAUUAUUGACAAACUUGAGCUGUCAAAUUUGAUUGCAUGACUUUUGAUAACUGACUGCUGAAGUCUUUGGUGGAGAAUUAAUGUACAAAAUAGAUGUAUAAUGACAAAAAUGCAUCAGCAUCAAUUUCAAAGCUAUUGAUUUUAGUUUGAUGAAAGAUAAAUGUAUUUGAAUGUUGUGUAGGUGCCCCUUUUAAUAAGUAUUUAAUAAUAUUAAAUGCCUCGAAAUUUAUUGGUAUGUUGUUUAUGAUUGUUUUUAUAGGUUAAGUUUUACCUUUUUAACUUUAUUGUAUUUGGUACUUUGGUAUAAUGAUGAAUGUAAUGCGAGAUAAUAUGAAUAAAGAAAAAAGA